ACACACACACACACUCUCUUCCCCUCCCCAUUCGCUGCUCACCGCCAUCUCCUCGGGUUCCCCCGGACUCCAUGUUGGUGUCGCAGUGAAGAGGGAGAGACACAGUCAGACGGAGAGAGAGAGAGAGAGAGAGGAGGAGGAGGAGGAGGAGACGACGACGACGACAGGCGGCCCUAGCGACCUCGGCGAGCGGAUCACCGCCGCCCUAGCAGUGAGUAGUGGCAGCGCCGCCCCACCAUGUACAACGGCAUUGGCCUGCCCACCCCAAGGGGGAGCGGCACCAAUGGCUAUGUCCAGCGGAACCUGUCCUCCGUCCGCCACAAGAAGGACCGGGUGGAUUAUAAGUCGGAGGAGGAGCUGAAGAAGCUGGAGUCCGGCCUGGUGAAGAAGCCCAACCAGGACAUCCUGGACCAUGAGCGGAAGCGGAAGGUGGAGCUCAAGUGCAUCGAACUGGAAGAUUUGAUGGAGGAGCAGGGGUAUUCAGAGGAGGAGAUCCAACAGAAGGUGGCAACCUUUAGACAGAUGCUGGUGGAAAAAGAUGGAAGCCAGGGCAAAGAGGAGCCAAAAACCCGGACAGUUGUCGGCGAGACUCACCAACUGGCCGAGGCCAACGAGAAGAAGAAUGAGCGGCUGAGGGCGGCCUUUGGCAUCAGCGACAGCUACGUGGACGGCAGCUCCUUUGACCCCAAGAGGCGCACGCAAGAGGCGGCCGGCAAGAGCGACCAGCAGAAGCAGCACGGCAUCAUCCGCGAGGCUGUCCGGUCGCGAUCCCCUUCGCCCAAAAGGAGGAAGAAGAAGAAAGCUCGGAGCCGGGGUCGGUCGGCGAGUCCGUCCGCCCGCUCCAAGGAGAAGAAGAAAAAAAGCUCCAAGAAGAAGGGCAGGUCUCAGUCGAAGUCGAAAAGUAAAAAGAAACAUAGGUCCACGAGCCCCAAGUCUAAACGCGGGACGAAGGAGAAGAAGAGAAAGAGGAGCCCUAGCCACUCGCCCCCCCGCAAGCACCGGAGGGCGCGCAGCUCCUCCACCUCGCAGAAUUCCUCCUCCUCCCGGAGUUCCUCGCUGUCGCGGAGCAGGUCACGGAGCCCGAAGGUAGCGCCAGCAGCCCCCCCGGCCGCCAGGGGCAGCCCGUCGCCGCGACCGGCCGCGAGGUCGGAGCUCGAAGGUCGGACGGCAGAGUCGGCGGCGGCCCGCAGGACCUCGCCAGCCCGGGGACCCUCCCCGGCCUCGCCCGAGAGGCACGGCCCCAGGGCCAGGAGCACCAGCGGCAGCCCCAGACAGGACGCCGGCAGGAACAAGCGGGAGAGCUCGGUGGACGCCUCGCCGGUUCAGAGGUCACGGCCGCAGCCGGUGUCGCUCUCGCCGGCCGGGCCGAGCGAGCGGACCUCCUCCCGCUGGGCCGGGAGGAGGGGGUCUGGCUCGCCGGCGCCCGGCGGGGCCUCGGGGGAGCCGGGGAGCCGGGGCGGGAGGAACCCCCGGGGGAGGAGCAGGGGCUCGCCCCGCCCCCCCCCCACCACCCCGCCGGCCGCCCGGGGGUUCCCCCGCUCCCCCUCGCGGGGCACCCGGCACGAUCGGAGCCCGCCCCAGCCUCGCGGCAGCCGGCAGUCGCCCAGGAGGGGGGGGGGAGGAGGGGGAGCCUCUCCCCGGCGCGGGCGCUCUCCACCCCGGCGGGAGAGGCACAACAAGGCGCCGUCGUCGCCGCCGCCGCCGAGCCGGAGCGUGACCCCGAGGCGCGAGGGGUCGUCGCCGAGGCAAGCCAAGGCGCCGGCGGCGAGGAGGAGCGCCUCCCCCCGGCGCGAGACCUCGUCGUCCUCCUCGUCCAGGCGGGGGCGGUCGCCGCCGAGGCAGGCCCGGGCGUCGCCGGUGAGGAGCCCGUCGCCGCGGCGCCAGAGGUCGCCGCCCAGGAAGGGGAGCCCGUCGCCGCGGCGCGAGAGGUCGCCGCCGAGGAGGGGGAGGCCGUCGCCGAGGCGGGGGAGGUCGUCGCCGGGCAGGAGCGCGUCGCCCAGGCCCAAGAGGUCUUCGCCCUGGCGCGGGCGGUCGUCGCCGAGGCAAGCGAAGGCGUCGCCGAGGGGGAGUGCGUCGCCCAGGCCUCACCAGAGGUCGCCGUUCCGGUGCAAGAGGUCGCCGUCGAGGCAGAGCAAGGCCCCGCGCAGGGGGAGCGAGUCGCCGAGGCCCGAGAGGCCGUCGUUAAGGCCGGCUAAAGCGUCGCCGAGGAGGAGCAAGUCACCCAGGCGCCAGAGGUCACCGCCCAGGCGUGAGAGGUCAGCGCCGAGGACAGAGAAGUCGCCAGCAAGGAGGAGCCUGUCGCCAAGGCACCAGCGGUCACCGCCCAGGACAGAGAAGUCGCCGCCGAGGAGGAGCGUGUCGCCAAGGCGCCAGAGGUCAUCAUCAAGGACAGAGAGGUCACCGCCAAGGCGGAGUGUGUCGCCAAGGCGCCAGAGGUCAUCGCCAAGGAGAAGCGUGUCACCCAGGCGCCAGAGGUCGUCAUCAAGAACAGAGAGGUCAUCGCCGAGGAGGAGUGUGUCGCCAAGGCACCAGAGGCCAUCGCCAAGGGCGGAGAGGUCAUCACCAAGGAGGAGCGUGUCGCCAAGGCGCCAGAGGUCAUCGCCAAGGAGAAGCGUGUCGCCCAGGCACCAGAGGUCAUCGCCAAGGACAGAGGGGUCGUCACCCACCAGGAGCAUAUCGCCGAGACGGGAUAGGUCAUCUCCAAGGACGGAGAGUUCAUCGCCGCGGAGGAGCAUGUCGCCGAGGCAGAGCAAGGCAUCGCGAAAGGGGAGCGAGUCGCCGAGGGCCGAGAGGCCGUCGUUAAGGCAGACAAAGGCAUCGCCCAGAGGGAGCAAGUCACCGAGACGCCAGAGGUCAUCGCCCAGGCGUGAGAGGUCGCUGUCCAGGCAGAAUAAGGCAUCCCCAAGGAGGAGCAAGUCGCCGAGGCAGACCAAAGCAUCGCCGCGGGGGAGCGUGUCGCCGAGGCGCGAGAGGUCAUCGUCGAGGCAGAAUAAGGCAUCACCGAGGAGGAGCGAGUCACCACGGUGCCAGAGGUCAUCGCCGGAGCGUACCCAGCACUCGCCGCCCGAUUCGGAAAGGUUAUCGCCGCGGGGAGGGGCGUCGCCCGCCUGGCACAGCAAGAGCCCGCCGGGGACCAGCCCCACGCCGGGGGGGGUGGAGGGGCCGCCGCAGCCCGAGGACCGGCCGGCGCCGGCGCAGGAGCAGCUGCCGCCCGGCGGAAGCGGAAGCCCCGUGUCGCCGGAGGUGCGGAGGGCGGAGCCGGCCGGCGGUGGGGGGGGCGCCUCUCCGCCCUGCCGGCCGCCGGCCGAGGGGGGCAAGAGGCGCGAGGAGGGGCCGCCGCCCCAGGCGAGGACCCCGCCCGGCCGGCCGGCCGACCCCCCGUCCCCCGGCGCCGGUGCCGCCGCUCUCCGCCAGCGCACCCCCUCCGCGCCCAAGUCCCCCCAGCCCUCCCGCUCCCGCUCCCCCUCCCCCUCCCGGGCGACGGAGCAGGAACCCGCCCGCCGGCCCUCCCCUCCGAGCCAGCGACGCCGGACCUCCCGCUCUCCCUCCAGCUCCAGCUCGUCCGACUCGCUGAGCAGCCACUCGCCAACGCCGCCGAGGGAGCGAGACGAACGCAAGGAUCGCAACGCCGCCGCGAAACGCCGCGCUCGCAGCCGCAGCUCCUCGUCCGACCGGGGCCGACGCCGCUCCCGAUCGCCGGCCAGGAGGGGGGCCCCAGGACACGGCCGGCCGCGCCGCAGCCCCAGCGAGCCCCGGCGCCGAGGGGGGCGCGGGUCCCACCGCCGGCGCCAGCGAGGGCGGACCUCCAGCAGCCUCUCCGGCAGCUCCUCGUCCCGAUCGCGCUCGGCUCCGCGGCGGAGAGUUGAGCCCAAGCGACGCUCCCCUCCGCCUCACAGACGAAGGACACGGAGCCCACGGAAGCCAAUCGACUCCUUGCGCGAUUCCCGGUCGCUGAGUUAUUCGCCAGUGGAACGGAGGCGAUCUCGACAAUCCAGGGACACCUAUAGCAGACGAGAGCGAGAGCGUCGAAGGAGGCACUCGGACAGUGAAUCGCCAGUGAGGAAGAGACGCCACGACUCGCCCAGUCCUCGGGAUCGGAGGAGGUACCGCAGAUCUCCUUAGACCCGGUCUCCCUGGCAUCGGACACCAUCCUCCUCCCUUUUUGGGUUGGACAUCUUCCUGCUUCGUUUUAGGUUCCCCACCAUCUCUCCCCCACCCCUCCCAUCUCCCCUCCCUCCCCCCUACUUCCAGAGACUGUGAAGAGCAAGCCUUGUAUUAUUUUCCUUUUUUGGGUUUUUAUCUGUAUUAUCUUUUUUUUUUCCUCCUCCUUCCUCUGUUUUUUUUUAAAAAAAAAAGACUAUUGACGGACUGCGUUCGGUGUUAUCGAGACAUUCGGAAAAGAGGGUUGUUGCGUUUGUGGGUGGGG